ACUAAAUAAAAUCCAAAUGUAACUAUCACUGACCAAAUUAAGUUUCAUUGGGUCGUUUGUCUAUUCCUAAUUACUGUUUGUUCAAUCCUCUAAAAUUAAUCCAUGGCUUCUUCAUCAGACCAAACACAACAUUGAACUAACAACAACAAGAACGAAGAAGAUGACGAAGAUCAAGUGUUGGGCAACAAGGUUGUCGGGGCAGAGCAACAACAAACACGCAGUGAAGGUGACCCAAUUGAAGCUUGAAUUAGGAUUGUUUGGAGUCAGGGUGGGUGCUGCAAACGACAACGUGGCUAUUGAAAUAACAGGAAUUGCUACAAAGAAAGAUAAAGGGAAGAAUUUUUCUUCUUCUACGAGUUCAAAGCCAAAAACGACACCUCUUCCACUCGUUCCCUUUCAUCGCACCCCAAAACGACGAUGCGCUCACACCACUUCUGUUCGUAGAUUCCUCAGUUCCAAAGCACCCUCUCUCGUAUGGGAAGCUCGCGACCUCUGCGGGUUUCAUCUAGUCCUCAAAGAUGGGCCCUUUGAUGCUUGCGACAUGGCAUUUCAUGUCUUAUAUUCACAGGGAUGUGUAGGAGAAUCUAAAGCUAAAAUGACGGUGGUCGGAAAAGUGGAAACGAGCGUGGCCGUGGAGGAGUUGCUGGUGAGGGAAGAAUUGAAGACACGGUCCAAUUCUCAUCAUCACUUUCAAAGGAGGCUUCCAAUCAAAUUGAGGGUCAAUGGUUUGAUAAUCGAAGCUACCCUUUUGGUCUCUAUGAGGUUAUUGAAGCUGAGGGAUUCCAAUGAUGAUUCAGCGACGACCGGACCUUUCGAAAACUGGGUCGAGCCAGAGAAGAAACAUGGGAUUAUAGGGAAAGUGAAGUGCUUGACAAGCUUAGGGAAGAAAAAUAAUGGUAAGUUUGAUGAAGCAGAACAAACAAGCCCUUAUGAGUCGGAUGGCUCUCCCGUGUUUGACUCAGAUGACUCGUCGAAUGAGUCCACCACAAGCAGUGGCAGUAGCAAGAGCAGUGGAAUUCACAACGCAGGGUCAAGACUCACUAUUGGGUCUGAGAGGUUUACAAGCUCAGAGACAAAGUCUUGUUUGGAUACAGUGCAGAGGAGUUGGUCCCAGUUGUCACACAAUAGAAGCUUCAAAGAGUGGAAGAACCCUAAGACAAGCACAAACAGACUAGAAACUCAAACCACCUAUCAUGGUUAUUCACUGAAAUCGAAUGAACUUUCUCCACAAUUGUACCAUAAAGACAGUGCUAGUAGUUGGGAAAUGAAGGGAAUUUUAAGUAGAGAUGGGCAAGCAAAGCUCAAAACCAAUGUGUUUUUCGCUUCCUUUGACCAAAUGAGUGAACAAGCCUCUGGUGAGAGUGCUUGCACGGUCUUAGUUGCACUCAUAGCUCACUGGCUCCACUCCAACCAGGGUAUGCCAACAAGAGCACAAUUUGAUUGUCUCAUCAGACAAGGUUCGUCUCAAUGGAGAAGGUUGUGCAACAAUGAUUACUACUCAAAGCUCUUCCCAGAUAAACAUUUUGAUUUGGAGACCAUCAUAGAAGUCAAUUUGAGACCUCUAGUUGUUUUGCCUCAGAAAUCAUACACAGGGUUUUUCUCACCUGAGAAGUUCCAUUGCUUGAAAGGAGCCAUGUCUUUUGAUGAAAUUUGGGAUGAGAUAAAGAGCAAGGUGGUUGAUCAAGAGCCAAGAAUUUACAUAGUGAGUUGGAAUGAUCAUUUCUUUGUUUUGAAGGUAGAAGCAAACGCUUAUUAUAUCAUUGACUCUUUGGGUGAGCGACUUUUUGAAGGGUGCCAACAAGCAUUCAUAUUGAAGUUUGAUGAUUCGAGUGUGAUAUAUGGGAAAAUGGACAAAUCAAAAGAGGUCCCUUUAAAGGGAAUUAAUGAUGCAAAAAAUGAGGAAAGUCGGGAGAUAAUUUGCCGUGGUAAAGAGUGCUGUAAAGAGUUCAUCAAACGCUUUCUGGCAGCAAUACCACUUUGGCAACUAGAGAAGGAGGAGAGGAAAUGGAAUGGUUCAAGUUCCUAUCUUCACCGGCAAUUGCAAAUUGAUUUCCAUUAUAGCUCUUCAACAUCCUCAGCUGCUUCUUUGUGGUCUUUCUUAACAAGUGGACCUUUAGAAGCCUAACUGUGUAGCCUGACACAUUCAUGGGAUUUAUAACCAUGAACAUGUACUAAAUCUUUGAAGACCUUGUAGCUUUAGAAUUAAUGCUUUUAAACCUUGGGCGUGUCAUGUUAUGUCUCGUGUUGCAAACUUAGGUAGACAUCAUGGACCAGAUAAAACCAUGUUAUGACCAUAAUUCAAGGAGACUGUUGCCGGCAGCUAAACUAAUGCAUAAAUCAUAAAUGUUCUCAGAAGUAGAGAAGAGUCUGGCCAAUGAGCAGUGAUUUUCAUCCCCAAACUUUUCAAAACCCUUUAAAUUUGUCCUAACUUCUAUCACUGCUUGAAAUAAUAAAUUUGCAUACGUAACAUUUU